GUCGUGGUGAGUUCCCCUCCCCUCUACUGUACCUCUGAUCCUUACUUCCUUUCCCGGCGCCUGAUCGUACAAAGCUGCGCGCUUGCUCGAGUUUGAAGAAAAACUUAGCCUUUUCGGUUUCCUUGGCCGUUCGGAUCUGGCUUCCCCGUCGGCGCCGGCGUGCAGAGUUUGCACGGCGGAUCCGUUUCGGUGCGGGUGUAGAGGGCGUGUGCGAGGGCCGAGUGGACUAUUCUAGUUUCUGCGCAUGCCCUCACGGAUCUUUAGACUCCAGGGUUCAACUUCACUGUGAAUACGCUGACGCUACGAGAAGUCAUCACGGAAGGGGUCUCGAAGCAAGGUGCAAAGACUCACCUGCCGUCUCUGAUGGGCUUUGCUGGCUGGGUAUCCAUGCUGCUCUUCCUCCUGGUCGCCGGUGCUGUAGCAAAUGACCAGAUCUUCACCACUUCAGGUGUGCCAUUUGGGCGGAGUUCGCGUGAGCCAAGUUACCGCGUCGAAUUCCAUCCUGUUGAUUCACCAUUCCAUCCAGAGAAUGGUCAAGAAUCGGUACCAAUGGCUAGUCAUGAUGGGAAACGUUAUAAAUGCUUUCUACCAGUUGAAGAAACUAAAACCAUGAAGUCAAUGCUUCCGCAAAAUGCAACUAAUGUUAUAAUAGAAAGUGAAAGGAGAAUUAAGCCAAAGGAGCCAGAUGAGUUACUUGAGGUUCUCAAGGACCAGUGCUUCUACAGGCAUGAAGGUUGGUGGUCGUAUGAAUUCUGUUAUCAUGGGAAAAUCAGACAGGUCCAUGUAGACGACGAUAAGGUUAUCCAAGAAUUUGUUCUAGGCGAAUUCGAUGACGACGCGACUGCUGCAUACCAUGAAAAUAUCACUUCUGAGUUAGUUGACGAUGACCAUCAUGUGAAAGAUAUAUCUCAGAGGUAUCAUGUUCACUUGUAUACAAAUGGGACUGUAUGCGAUCUCACAGAUAUUCCGCGGGAGACAGAGGUUAGAUUUGUCUGCUCGGAGCCUACUGUACUGAUUAGUUCAGUCAAGGAGAUCUCUUCCUGCAGAUAUGUUGUAACGAUUCAAAGUCCCAUGCUUUGCAAAAACCCGUUAUUCCAGGAAGAAAAACGAACCCUCUCCAUCCACUGCAAUGAGUUGCCUGCUAGAGCGGAAUCCAGCGCGGAGGAUGACUCGCUUCCAAAAGAAGCUCAGAUUUCCAUCAUCCCCGAUCAGGAUGAGCUACAUGAUUUCCCAGCCUAUGCUACUUGAUUUGCCUCCAAUAAUUAUGUUUGAUGUAGAAAAAAAAACACCAUUUUGGAGGCGCAGGGGCAACUGAGCAACACUAUGUAUUAACUAUCUCGUAGAUACUACAGCAGAGGCUCCUUGUAAAGCAGGUUGAGACGAUCAUUCUGCAGUUCUUAUUAUAUAGGAUGAUUACGAAGGUAACAUGUUUGGGACAGUAACAUUUGCUUGAAAUGUAUAUAGUCUACAACAAGAAUAAUGCCAGCAUUCUUGAAAUGUAGGUGUGCGAGCACUUUUACACGAAGUAAUAUUGCUCUGGUGUGACGAACGAUCUGUUGUCGGUUGAGAUGAAAAGGCGUUCGCCUUCUAUUAAGAAUGUAAAUGGUACAAAAGGAUGUAAAUGGUACGGAUAUUAUCUGUUCGUAUUUGAAUUUAAUCCGGUUUGAGAUGUA